AUGAAUCACAGUUAUCACGACGAUGAUGAGGAUGAAAUGAUGAUUAAAUCAUCAAUGGAAAGAGAGGAUACAUACGAUCCAAACGAAUACAACUAUGGAGGCAAUGAUAACGAACAUAAUGAAGAUUAUGAUGAGGCUGCAUUAGAGGAAGAUGAUGAUGAUCAAUACAGUGAUGAGGAAAUUCCUUCGGGAGGCCACAAUUUUAAUUUCUUCAUACAAGGAGGUAAAAUUCCAAUAAGACAAACACCAAUUGCACCAACCCUAUCUGAAGAUAAGAGUAGUGAUAGGAAAAUUAAGGAAGAUGAUGACUUUGAAUACAAUAUGGAUGAAAGUGAAGAUGAUGAAAUCUAUCCAAUCAGCUCAGAUGAGGAUGAUGACCCUCCAGCAGCACUUCAACAGCUCAAACCUAGUAUUCAAACGGUGAUUAGGAGGAAAUCUCCAAUGAAGAAUACUGAAGAAAAAGUUACACAUUCUCCUCAAUCGAAUAGUAGACCUUCAUCUAAUUCAUCGAAUAAGAUAAGAGCAACACCAACAAAAACAACAGCACCAGUUUUGCAUGAUAGUCCUGAACAAAAUAAUGUUGUUCCUAGACCAAAACUUUCUCUUGGAGCUGUCAGUAGAUAUACAGAUGAUGACGAUGUGAGGUCAUUAACAUCUAGUAGAACAAACAGUGAUAAUCUUUCGAUAGGAGAAGAUAAAAUGAAAAAUCAACUCGAUUAUUUGAAACAAAAACAAGAACAACUGUACAAACUCAACCAACAGCUCAAUGUGGAAACAAAACAAGUUCUCAAAGAAACAGAUGAUAUUGUAAAACAACAAUCUAAAAAGGUGGAAAGUAUCUCAUCAAGAAUUCCUUCUAGGCCGACAAGUAGUGCAUCAACAGUGAGGUCCAAUACACCAUCGAGUACUCAUAGAUCCAAUGUCUCAACUGCAACAACUACAAGACCUUCUAUUGAUAGAGGCGAUUUAGAGUCAAGUGUCAUUAUUUUAGAAGGUGAGUGA